AUGCCACCUAAAAAGGAUGAAAUUGACAUCAAUGCAUUACCACCACUUAAACAUCUUUGUGUCGGUAUUCGAAUUGAAGCAGGAAAAGCUCGUGCUGCUAAAUUAAUACACUUACUUAAGGAAUGCAAAUCAUUUCAAAAGAAUGUAACUAGAGAAGAAAUAAUCAAUUUUUGUAAAGAGAAGUAGUUGUAUGUUGAUCCUGCUACUUUAACUGAUAAACAAAAGAAAGUACAGUGUUGCUAUUGAUUAUAGGAUUCUAAAUUUAUGGCAGAAGUAGCUACAGAACUUACAUCAGAAGUUAUGAAUAAAGGAUUUUAGAUGUUCAUAUAGGAAUAAGUCUUAUAGAUAAGGAAAGCCAAGUAUUAAGCAGCACAAGCAUAAGCAGCAGAAAAGGCUGCUCCACCAAAGAAAGACGACAAGAAAGAUGCAAAGAAGGGAGGCAAAGAAGCAGCGGCAGUUGCACCUAUUCCUGAACCUGAAAAAGUUGUACCUGAGAAAGAGUACACUAAAAAUUUUGACAUUGUUUUUAUUGUAUAAGGUUUCCCUUAAGUACCAUAAGAAUAGAUUGAAUUUAUUAUGCAUGUUAAAGAGAAAGUAAUUAAUUGGGGUGGAAUUGAUAUGAAUUUAUUAGAAUAAGGAGAGGAUUUCUAAGAAGAAUUGGAAAAGAGAAUGGAAGAAUUUGUAUAACCAGUUACAAUUAAGAGAUCCUAUUCAGAAGAAUCUUUACAUUAUACAGCUGCAGAAAGAGCAGUCAUAGAAGAAAUCAAAAAAUAAAGAAAUGGUUCUCAGAAGACAGAUCCACUUAGAUAACUUACAAUAAAGGAAUUGAUAUUGGAAAUGGAUUUAGAAGCUGAAGAAGAAACACUUAAAUAAUUCCAUGAAUAAUUGAUUGAAGAAAUAUGUUAAUUUAGUGUAGAUCAAUAAUAAUUUAAUGAAUGGAUUGUGAAUAAGAAACCAAUUCCUUUGAUUACUAAGGAAGCACCAAAAGAUCCAUUUGAUUUAGAAGUUGAACGUAUUAAGCAUGAAGCUCAAUAAGCAGAAGAAUAAUAAAAGGCAGCAGAAGAAGCAAUUGCUGCAGAGAAGAACAAGAAAGGAGCUAAGAAAGAGGCUAAAAAAACUGAUGCAGAAUUAGAAGCUGAGAGAUUGGCUGAAAUAGAGAAAAAUAAAUAAAAUGAAUUGAGAAAAUAAUAAAUUGAAAUGGCUUUGGAAUAACAAUAAAAAAUGAAAGACAAAUUACAUUUAUAAUAUUAUAAGCGAUAAUUAUCUGAUGUGCAAUUAUCAAAAGUAGGACCUUGUAUCUUAUUAGAAUGUUUAUUAGAUUAGUUAUCUGCUGAAGCUGCUUAUAUAUAAAGUUCUAAAGUACCUCCUUGUUUAGAGGAUUAAGAAGAUGCAGAAUAAGUUAAUAGACUUUUAGCUAAUCAAAAAAAAGAUUAAUAAUAAUAAGUAGAGAGUGCUAAAUAAUUGAUAUUAGAUGAAUGUGAUUAUAUUGAAGUAAGAGGACAUUUUGGAUAAUUGCAUGAUUAAUAAUUUAUUGUAGAGAGAGAACACAAGAUAUUUGACAAUUUAUGUUUUCCUGGUAUUGAUAGAUAAGGUAUGCCUGAAAUAGCAGAAAAAUCAGAAAAGUAAAGAAAGGCUAAUAAAGCAAAAUUGCAUCCAUUUAUAAAUGUAGAUGUAAGUGAAUUUGAAAGAAGACAAUUACUGUUAACUUUUGAAGAAUUACUAAAAGAAAAUGAACCUGAAUAAGAAUGGUAUUUGGGAGAUCGUAUAUAUUUAGAGAGACACAAUAAAAAUACUCUUAGAUAAUAGUUUUAUGAAGCAUUAUUACAUGAUCCUUAAGUAGUUCUAAAAUAUUUACCUGAUGAUGAUGCUCUUAUGGUUUGUUGUUAUUAUAAGAAUCCUCCUGGAAGAACAUUAAGAAAGAAAUGGUCAGCUGAAUGGAGAGUAUUACCAAAUUUGGAAUACUUUAUUUAAGUUCGUAAUUUUAAUAGUGAAUACUAUUAUGAUAUUGAUUAUUAAUAAAUUGGUGCUAUUACUGAAAGAUCAAAAAUAAUGUAUCCAACUGAUAAUUCAUUAAUAAUUGCAACCAAAUUUACAGUAGGAGAAGUUGAACGUUUAAGAUAUAGAGUUAUUAAAGAAAAUGUUGUAUUUGGAAUAUAAGGAGGUUUUUAUGCAUAAUUUAGAGAUUUGAGAAUGAGUGCUUAAGAUUAGAUAAUGAAUUUGACAUUUAAGAAUGGUCUUUGUUUAAGGUUUACUUAAAAGGGAGAAGUAGUUUAAUAAUAUUUGUAUUAAAAAUAAUAAGAAUAAACUUAAACAUUAUUAAAUUUAUAUGAUAAUGCAGAAAUCAAUCAUGAAUUAGAAAUUAAAAGAGUUAUUACAGGAUAAGGAACAGUAAUAGUUUAUAAAAAAGAUGGUUCAAUCAUAGUAUUAUAUGCAAAUGGUAAUGUCUCUAUGUACAAAAAUGAUAUGUGGAUAACAACUAAUAAUAAAGGAUUUAGAAAAUCAUAGAAGGGAAUAGAAAAGAUUCCUUGUGCUACAAAAAAUGAUCCUGAAAGUGGUGCCAAAGUUUAUAUUAGAGAUGAUCAAACUCUUAUUAUUUAUUAUAAGGAUGGAUCUCAAUAUACUUAACAUUAUGAUGGAACCAUAAUGCUUAUAAAAGGAGAUAAGGUGAUUGUUGAACAUCCUAAUUUUGCUAGUGUUGUAGUCACAAUAGACAAGGUGAAAUAGAGAACUGGAACUAUUAUUGGAAUGGGCAGUGCUUAUGCAAAUGUAGGUUUUGAUAAUAUAUUUGAAAGAAGUAAUGAUGGUAGAGUAGUUGAAACUUAUUAUUAAGGAUGCAAAAUCAUUUCAUAUAUUGAAAAAUAAGAAUUACCAGAGUAUAAAUAAUAUAAAACUAAUCGAAUUCAUUUGAUGUACACUUAAGAUGGGAGUGUUGCUAAAGUAGUUGAUGAUGGAGAAAUUGUUAUUGUAACUGCUGAAGAGAGAGUUAGACUCAAUAAUAAAGGAGAGAAGAAACCAUUAGGAUAAGAUUUAGAUUAUUGGUUAUAAUUGUUUUCUGUAUCAGAUGAACGUAAAGCUGGAGUUUAUACAAUUGAUUUGACUAGAAAAUGUAUUUUUACAAAAGAUGAAGAAUCUAAUUAUUUCUAAAUUGAUGAAGAUGGAACUGUUACAUCUAAGAUAUCAGUAUCCUUAAAUCAAGAACCCUCUACUCCUGAUUACNACCAAAUUUGGAAUACUUUAUUUAAGUUCGUAAUUUUAAUAGUGAAUACUAUUAUGAUAUUGAUUAUUAAUAAAUUGGUGCUAUUACUGAAAGAUCAAAAAUAAUGUAUCCAACUGAUAAUUCAUUAAUAAUUGCAACCAAAUUUACAGUAGGAGAAGUUGAACGUUUAAGAUAUAGAGUUAUUAAAGAAAAUGUUGUAUUUGGAAUAUAAGGAGGUUUUUAUGCAUAAUUUAGAGAUUUGAGAAUGAGUGCUUAAGAUUAGAUAAUGAAUUUGACAUUUAAGAAUGGUCUUUGUUUAAGGUUUACUUAAAAGGGAGAAGUAGUUUAAUAAUAUUUGUAUUAAAAAUAAUAAGAAUAAACUUAAACAUUAUUAAAUUUAUAUGAUAAUGCAGAAAUCAAUCAUGAAUUAGAAAUUAAAAGAGUUAUUACAGGAUAAGGAACAGUAAUAGUUUAUAAAAAAGAUGGUUCAAUCAUAGUAUUAUAUGCAAAUGGUAAUGUCUCUAUGUACAAAAAUGAUAUGUGGAUAACAACUAAUAAUAAAGGAUUUAGAAAAUCAUAGAAGGGAAUAGAAAAGAUUCCUUGUGCUACAAAAAAUGAUCCUGAAAGUGGUGCCAAAGUUUAUAUUAGAGAUGAUCAAACUCUUAUUAUUUAUUAUAAGGAUGGAUCUCAAUAUACUUAACAUUAUGAUGGAACCAUAAUGCUUAUAAAAGGAGAUAAGGUGAUUGUUGAACAUCCUAAUUUUGCUAGUGUUGUAGUCACAAUAGACAAGGUGAAAUAGAGAACUGGAACUAUUAUUGGAAUGGGCAGUGCUUAUGCAAAUGUAGGUUUUGAUAAUAUAUUUGAAAGAAGUAAUGAUGGUAGAGUAGUUGAAACUUAUUAUUAAGGAUGCAAAAUCAUUUCAUAUAUUGAAAAAUAAGAAUUACCAGAGUAUAAAUAAUAUAAAACUAAUCGAAUUCAUUUGAUGUACACUUAAGAUGGGAGUGUUGCUAAAGUAGUUGAUGAUGGAGAAAUUGUUAUUGUAACUGCUGAAGAGAGAGUUAGACUCAAUAAUAAAGGAGAGAAGAAACCAUUAGGAUAAGAUUUAGAUUAUUGGUUAUAAUUGUUUUCUGUAUCAGAUGAACGUAAAGCUGGAGUUUAUACAAUUGAUUUGACUAGAAAAUGUAUUUUUACAAAAGAUGAAGAAUCUAAUUAUUUCUAAAUUGAUGAAGAUGGAACUGUUACAUCUAAGAUAUCAGUAUCCUUAAAUCAAGAACCCUCUACUCCUGAUUACAUUCCAGAUGGUUUGUUUGUGGAUGAAGAAAAUAAAGUACUUCCACCACCAAAGUCAUGGGUUCCUCCAAGAUUAUUUUUAGUUAAAAAUGAUAAUACUGGAUUUGAACUAUUUAAUCAAACUCAAUUACAAGAUUACUUUAGACUUAAAUCAGAAAAUCCUUUCUGUACUAAAUUAAUUGAUGAAUUACCUAAUAAUGUCAAAUCUAUUUCAUUUAUCACUGAAUUAAAGAAUUAAGCCAAAAAGUUUAUUGAAGUUAAAAUACCAUAAACAUUAGAUAUUGUACCCAAAACUAUUUAAAAAACAACUAUAAUUCCUCAUAAAGUCUUUACCUAUCGUAAUUUUUUGGAAUACCUUCCUUUUGAUAAAGAUCAAAGAGUUCUUCAUGAAUAAUCAUUAUAAAAAUAUGAAGUUUGGCAAAAGGCUAUGUAGAAAGCAUAAAAUGAAUUUGGAGUUAUAUAAAAAUCUGAAGAUGAAAGAGAUGCUGAAUUUAUUAUUUAAAUGAAAAUCUUAGAAAGCAGAAGAACUGAUUAUUCAUAUGAAUCCUAUGAUUAAGCCAAAAGUAAAAUUACUUUGCCUGAUACAACAUCCAAAAUUGUUGAACCUCUAGAAUAAACUAUAGUUAGAACACCUAAAGUAUAGUAAGUUGUCUAAUAAGCCUUUGUUGAUGUACAAAGGAAAGUACAAACUAUUUAACUCUAAAAAUCCAUCAAACCAUCUGUUGAAGCCUAAGGAUUUGUAUUAAAUUACUUUGAUACAAAAGAAGGACACGAAUAUUUGAAAACAGCACCUGAAGAUCCUCCAAUAAAAAAACCAAGAGAAAGAAUACAAUAACCUACAGAAGAACAAUAAUAACAAUAGUUAACAUAGAAUCAACAAGAAGCUUAAAAAACAUUACCAGAAGGAAUAAUUCCAUUAGAAUAACCUUAAUUGCCUUCACCAUAAUAUAAUAAUACCAAUAAUCUUACUAAAGUAAUUAUUAAGCCCUCUGUUUUCACUCAAGCAGAAAUUGAUGAUGAAAUUAAACAAAGAAAACUACUUGAUGAAUCAAUCAGAUAUAGAUAAGUUAAGAAGAAAGAUUUUGAUGUCUAUGGAAAGGAUAGAAAAGAUAUAAAAUUGGUGCCUUGUCUUCUUAAAACUAAUCCAAAAUCUGAAUUGAAUUAAAAAUACAUUUUAACAGAUGCUUCAACAGACAAUAGAAUUAAGAUUAGUUCUAUGGCUACUAGAAUUUAUUAAUAAGCUGCUCCUAUUAGUUAACUUAGAAAUGAAGGCAUGCAUCAAACUAUAAUAAGGACUUUUGAUAAGAAAAACAACUUAGAUGAUCUUAUUGAUAAAAAGAAUCUAAUGGUUACUGGUGAUAUAAAUGAUAGAUUAAAAAAGGAUUUGUUAAUUUAUCCUAUAAAUGUUUAGUUUGGAGAACUUAAAUAAGGUGGAUAAUACGAAUUCAAAAUUUCUGUUAAAAAUGAGGAUAUUAUGGCUUAACGUAUAGUUUUAAAGUAGCCAUUAAAUAAUAAUAUAAAAGCGUUAAUGAAAUAGAUGGGAUCAGUAUUCUAAUUUAUUAAUUAUUUUUUUAGAUAUCCCUCGGUUUAGUCAGAGAAGUAUUUGUACAUAUUAAUGCAGAAAGAGUUGGGCAAUUUUCUGAUGAAUUGUAAAUUAUGUCAAAACAUUCAAUUUAUACAAUACCAAUAACUGGUAAUGUACUUGAAUAAAAUAUGUUUGAUAAACUCAAUUCAGAAUAGAUUAAACUCACUAAUAAACCUCUCUUAAGAAAAUAUGUUAAAGACUUGAAAGAUGUAUAAUAUUUUAUAUUAUUAUAUAUAGACUAAAUAAUAAGAUAUAAUUGGAGAUAGUUAGGAUUCUGAACUAUUACCAAAAAUAAAUUAUGAUAAGAAUGUUAAAAUUGAUGCUUUUUAAAAUUAAAAGAAGGAUGAAUAAUCAUAUGAGGAGGAAAAUUGA